CAGGAAAACACAAUGGCGGAUGCCAAUGCGGCAGUAGCAGUAGUGACAAUUUCAUUGGUUCUUUUAGGACUUUUAUCAGGAUUAAGCUUAUCGUGGGCUCUUCUACCAGUCGCUGUAGUAGUGCUUAUUUUUAUACUAGCCAGUGGAUUAAAGGGACGAGAUGAACUUGCACAUUUAAACGUUUGCGUGUUGGUGUUGGGAGAUAUAGGGCGCAGUCCUCGUAUGCAGUAUCAUGCGCUGUCUCUCAGCAGACAUGGAUACAAUGUCACCUUAAUUGGCUUUCUUGGUACUAAACCUCAUCAAGACAUUCUUGAGGAUGAGAGGAUAGACAUACUCCCCAUUUCAGAGCUGAAAGGGCUAAAAGUUGGCCCUAAAAUCUUCAGAUAUGUCUCAAAGGUGAUAUUCCAGUGUUUUCAGCUGUACUAUGUGUUGAUGAAGAUUGAGGACCAAGGCUAUAUCCUUAUGCAGAACCCCCCUGGGCUGCCAGCUAUAGCAGUGACAUGGGUGGCAAGUCGUUUCAGGGGAAACCAGUUUAUCAUAGACUGGCACAACUAUGGAUACACCAUAAUGGCACUUACUCAUGGGGAGAAUCAUCUAAUUGUUAAGGUGGCAAAAUGGUAUGAGAAGCUCUUUGGCUGUUUCUCAGAUCAUAACCUAUGUGUCACCAAUGCAAUGAGGGAAGAUCUUAAGAAGAAUUGGAAUAUUGAGGCCACAACAUUAUAUGACAAGCCACCCUCAAUAUUUAGAGAAACACAUCUGAAACUUCAACAUGAGCUGUUUGUCAGAAUGGGUGGUGCUUAUUCACCAUUUAAGCCUAGUUCUGAGGUCUCUAAGGAACACAUGGAAUUAACAGCCUUCACAGAGCGCAAUACUCAAACAGGUGCUGUGACACGCUCUGCUGGCCGACCCGCUCUGCUUAUCAGCAGCACCAGCUGGACUGAGGAUGAAGACUUCUCAAUUCUUUUACAAGCACUUGAAGACUAUGAGAAGUUUGUUGAGGCAGGAGACAAACUUCCAUUAUUGGUCUGUGUAAUUACAGGUAAAGGUCCUCAGAAGGAGUAUUACAAGAAGCUGAUUGACUCCAAGGAAUUUAAACAUGUUAAGAUUUGUACUCCGUGGCUGGAGGCAGAGGAUUAUCCAGUUUUACUUGGUUCUGCUGAUCUUGGUGUCUGCUUGCACAAAUCCUCCAGUGGUCUUGACCUUCCAAUGAAGGUAGUUGAUAUGUUUGGAUGUUGUCUGCCAGUCUGUGCCAUACACUUUAAGUGCUUACAUGAACUGGUGAAACACGAAGAAAAUGGGCUUAUUUUCAAAGACUCCAAUGAGCUUUCGGAACAGCUAAAGCUUCUGUUUUCAGACUUUCCCAGUGAACAGGGUAAACUGGGUCUCUUCAGGAAGAAUCUAAGGGAAAGCGGGCAGCAGCGCUGGAAUGAGAACUGGGACCAUAACGUCCUGCCUCUUUUUAAAGAGCACUGUGACUGACCAUCAUUAGAGUCUUGGUGCUGGGCUUGGGUAACAGGUUCUCAAAUCUUUU